AUGGAUCGCCCCAUUUCCACUCCAGAAGAUCCCAACGAUAUGCAAAUCGAGAAAUGGGAUCGAUCCAAUCGCAUGAGUCUGAUGAUCAUCAAGCGCUCAAUUUCAAAGAUGUUUCAUGACUUGAUACUCGAGAGCACGAACGUUAGAGCACUCCUUAAGGAACUAGAGCAGUGCUUUGCUAGAAAUGAAAAUGCAGAGGCAGGAGACCUUUUGACUAAGCUUGUCACUAUGAGGUAUACUGAGAAAGGCAACAACAUAAGGGAAUAUAUAAUGGAAAUGGCUAGUCUAGCUGCAAGACUUAGAACACUGAAGUUGGAGGUUUCUGAAGACCUUCUUAUACACUUUGUUUUGAUGUCUCUUCCUACACGAUAUAACCAACUUAAAGUGUGUUACAAUACUCAGAAAGAAAAAUGGACUCUAGUCGAACUGAUUUCUUACUGUGUGGGAGAAGAGGAACGGUUGCGGCGGGAAGAAACCGAAACUGAUCGUUCAGCAUCUACCUUCCAAGGCAAGGAAGAAAAAGAGGGAGCGGGAAGACAUUGGAGACGCGAAGGCUAA